AUAAGAAUUGUCUUCGUUCCUCAAGCAGUCUUUGAUAUUUUCCAUAAACGUGUGUAUUUAUUAUCGCAAUGGUUAACAUAAGUAGCCUUUAGCAUCGCAUAUAUGACAGUGGAAACGCGACUGGCUCUGGCACGCACGAUACGUUAGGAGUAAAAUAUAACAUCAUAAGGCUUUGGUGCUAGCAUCAGUGACAGGUGAAGUACAGACAGCGGGUUGUUCAUGUAUUGCAGGAUCAGGAUGCUCUAGUCAUGCAGCAGCACUUUUGUGGAAGGUCAGUAAAGUAAAAAGUAAUUAAGGGCACGAAAACUGUUUAUUGUAUUGUGAUGUUAUUAACUAAUAAUGUAGUAAACGGAGAUGUUGUCCCUGAGCACCGUAACGACAUCUCUCAUAAAGAUUUGCAACUUUACAAAGUAAACAAUAGUCCAAAAAACACUUUAGCCUCUUCGCUAAUUAGCACACAAAAUACCAUUGGUAUGCUGCUUCCGCCCCCUCACCGGAAGUUGUACCCACGUUCUCUUUUACAGUAGCGCCCCGCGGAAACAGGUGGAUAGCUCUUUAUUUUUGUGAAAUUUACUAAGCCACUGGAUUAUUUUUUGCCAAAGCUGAUCACGUGAGCAGCACGACGCAUGUGUGUGAUGUUGAUGUAGGAGCCGCCAAUAAUGAGUCAGCAUUCCGACGUAGAACCUGGAAGUGCUGGACGUAAACAAUAGAAUUCUAGAGCUUUCCUUCUGUUCACACAUUCAACAUGCUGGUGCAAAAGCUAAGCUGGAUCACUGUGCUGCUCGUACUGUGUCAACAUGGUGUAGAAGCGAGAAGAAGAGCACAGGUCUGUGAAGGAGAAUCUGCAUUCCUCAGAUGUCAUUGGGGAGUAAUAAAGAUCAUUAAAGUCAACUAUGGGCGAACUGAUCGCACAAUAUGCGGUAGCGGGAAAAAAAAUCAAUUAAUCUCAAAUACACACUGUUUCCAAAAAACAUCCCACCGUAUAAUGUCCAUUCGGUGUGAUGGAACUAAGAGCUGUUCUGUUCCUGCAGUGAACUCGGUUUUCUCUGAUCCUUGUAAUGGGACUUACAAAUACCUGGAUGUGUCUUAUGAAUGUCAAGAAUGUAGGGGAACAAGUGUUAUAUAAUUUCCUAAAUCUAUACUAAAUGUUUAAGUUGAUUAUUAAUCACAAAAUUCUUUACCUGGCUUUAGACCAUCUAUGUAGAUGAUAAUAAAUAAUUCGUCCCCUUGGAAUUAUAAGGUUCUAUCUGACAUUUUUGUCAAAAUCGAGUUAUUCACAUAUUCUUAUUCUGUGACAAUUUACAUUAUGUGAUGUUUUUGGUAAUGUUGAGUACAUUUGGGGACUUUUUAUUUAGAAAACAAAAAGGUUAUAUCUAAAAAAAAAAAAAAAAAAAAAAAGUCCAAUGGAAUGCAAACAUUUUGAAGCUCAAUAUCUCAGAACUGCUCAGAAUGCAGAGAGAACCUUAUAAUUCCAAGUGGACGAAUUGUUGUUGUUUUACCUUAUAAGGUGCAUUGGGAAGAAGUCUUAUAAGCUAGUCAGCUCUCCAUGUCGGGGUGUCCAUAUCUGGAAGUGACGUAAAGCUGUAUAGCCUAUAAUUUUGUGAUUAUCCUGCCACAUAAAUGUAUUUUAUAUUUUUUUGUGUGUGUUUUAAAUGAAAACAGUCUCUCUCUAUUAUUGAUAUUGGAUGCUGAUAAUCUUGUUUUUUGUCUGUGAAAUAGUGAUUUGUUUCAAUGAAGGCUCUAUCUAAAAACAGACCAAACAAAACAAUGCAUUUAAAUAUGGAGUUUAGAAUAAAAUUAAAGAUUAUAACACACUUGUAAUAUUACAACUUAUUUAUUUGGAAAGAUUAACUGAUCAUGUGUCAACAAUUGAGAAUAAUUGGAAGUAAAAUGUCUCAAAAAGUAAAAUGUCCAGAUGCUUUACAGAUGUUUUAGAAAUGGGCUUUCAUUACCAUGUAUCUAUAUCUAUUAUAUUAUCAUUUAUCUGUACGUAAUGUAUAAAAACUAUAAUGAUGUAAAACAGCAAACUGUAUAAAAAUAAAUAAAACAGCACCAUCUACAGCACUGCCAAAUCAAUGGAGAAUGAUCAAGAGAUCUGGUGAGAAAAAAAAGAAGAAUCUACAAAACACAAGAGUUGUCUUUAAUUCGGUUUUUAUUUAUUUUGAAGCUAUUAUGUAACAAUUUAUGUUGUACAAUGUAUGCUGACUGGAUUGGCUAAUCGGGAGCACCGGGAGAAUAAUCUCAAUGUCGCUCUGUGGGUAAAUUAACCUGGUCGGGAGGGACUCGGAGUGUGCGCCCGGAGAAGACAACUCACUCAAAAGUAUACGAGAAGAAGGGAUGAGGUGACGUCUGUAGGGACAGCGGGAGGGGAGCGGGACAUGUUCUAAAUAAACACUAAAUUAUGGUAUAACGUACAGUACAGUCCAAAAGUUUGGAACCACUAAGAUUUUUAAUGUUUUUAAAAGAAGUUUCGUCUGCUCACCAAG